UAAAUUAUUUCAGGACUAUAGCUCUCGAAUUAUCUUAUCCCAUUUAAUCUCAACUUUGAUGAAAUAAGGUGAAAUAUUCCUCCUUAUUUAGAUGAAAUAAAUGUUAUUUCAAGCUUAAUCCUGAGAUAUCCCACCUUAUUUAGCGUAUCAAGCGUCUAGCAUUAAUAGAAUAUCUAGAGAACUUUUAUGGAUGAACUCGAUCCAAUAACAUCUUCCUAAAUGUUUGUAAGUUUUUCUUUGUUUUUUUUUUUGAAAUUUUAUCAAAUUCACCAUAAUAUAAUAUAAAAUAAAAAAGAAUACUUUUUUGGACCAAGUGUAAGGGAUACUAUUGGAGUGUGACAACAGCAAGUGUUAGGCUAAAGAGCUUAAAUCACUUGAGAAGUCCCUCUCUAUAAAUAGAACUCCAUUCAUUCAAAGCUCUACACAAUUCACUUCCUCUUUCAAAAUAUUCUAUUUGCUUCAAACAAAUUACUACAAUGGCAGGGAAAAUGAGCAUUGCCUUGUUUGUUCUUUUGGUGGUUUUUCUGACCCAAAAUCAGGUUUCAAGAGCCAAAGUAAUGGUUGAUGAGCAGCAGCAACAACAAAGAAAUAACCAACUAUAUGGUGUUAGUCAGGGAAGCCUCCAUCCUCAAGAUUGUCAACCAAGAUGCACGUAUCGUUGCUCAAAGACAUCAUAUAAGAAGCCGUGCAUGUUUUUCUGCCAGAAAUGUUGUGCAAAGUGUUUGUGUGUUCCUGCUGGUACCUAUGGGAAUAAGCAAACUUGCCCUUGCUACAACAACUGGAAGACCAAGAGAGGUGGCCCAAAGUGCCCAUGAUCUACAUAUAUAUAUAUCCCAUCUAUUACUCAACUUCUGUCAAAUUGGUCUAUUAAUUAGAUCAACAUCUGGUUCAAGUGGCGUGUAUUAGCUUAGUACUAGAAUGGUCAAAUUAUUAGGGCCCAAUUAAUUAUAUAUAUAGAAGAAGAUUAAUGUGCUAGCUACAAGUACUAUAUAUAGCAUGGUUAUAAUUCUGUAAUGGCCAGUAGUGUUUUAUGUUACUUAUUUUAUUAUGAUUAUUAUUAUUAUUAUCUUUAGUAAUAUUUAUUGGCGUACCCCUUCUUCUGUGUAAGAAUUAACAUGUAUUUUAAGUCAUUUAAUCCAAGGACGAUUUAAUGGUGUUUUA